ACUGCCUUCAAAUUGCACCGAAGUCACAUUGCGACUCAAGGUAUGUGGAAAUGGUGGACUCUGUAAAGUUCCGCCUUCAGGAUCAAUAAAUUUGGCAAAGUUAGAAUGCAAUAAUUGCAAUAGACUUUUCGUCUAAGGAGACACACCUGUACUGCAAACAUUUAUUAUUAAAAGUAUUUGAAAAAAAGUUUACUAACAAUAUUGUGAAUGGUCUUGACUAAUGUCAAAUGUUUGACAGAAAUUGUUUUGUGGCUUGGAUAGAAAAAUUAACAAUAAAGAUAAUAAUUGAAAUAAGGAGUAAGUGACACUGUGUGAAACCCUGCUUAAUCAUGUCAGACGUAUGGGAUGGGCGUGAUCCUUUAAGAGUGUUCGAGCAGUAAAAUGCCGAGGCAAAGUUUCCAGGUCAGAUCUAUUUAAAGAGGAAUAUGAAACAUUUGGCAACAGAACUAGGUUGAACAAAGGCCAUAUUUGAUUUUCUACGUCACGAUUGUAAAGGGCCACAACAUUACAAAAGGAUACUGGAAAGACACACUUGAUACUCCGGAUCCUUUUGUAAAAGUGACUAUCAAGACGGCACCUAAUGGUACACGGCUAACCAAACCUGUUAACAAUGACGCCAAUCCAGAUUGGAAUGAGACGUUCAAAUUUUUCCUCGACCCAACUGUCGAUAACGAAAUGGAAAUAACGCUGGUAGAUGCUAACUACUUAUUACACGAAACUAUCUCAACAAAGAAGAUAAAGAUAUCCAAUAUGGCAAUGGAAAAGUUUCAACAAAAAAUACAGUUCAGUGAGAAGUCCGCAGUUGACAUAGAAAUGUGGGCAGAGAUUGACAACACGACAGAGCUGAGAUACAGUCUUGCUCUUUGUAAAGGAGAACUACAUUUUAUCGAGAAAAGACGAAACUGUGUGUUUCAGGCAAUGAAAGAAAUUCUCGGAGAUGAUGCUCCUCGCACUAUCAAUGAGGUAAAUGGUAUAAAAAGUACUCUUUUCAUGAGGAUUAUGUCUCAGUGGAAAAAUAUCCUGUUGGAUUCAAACCAUGGACCCACAUAUCAUGUUCCAACAAUAGGGGUGUUAGGUUCUGGUGGAGGAUUCCGUGCUUUGACGGCAUUUAGUGGAGUGAUGGGUGCCCUUGUGGACUCUAGAAUCUCAGACAUGGUCAUGUAUAAUGCAGGACUUUCGGGCUCGACUUGGUACUUAUCAUCUUUAUACUCCCACCCUGAUUGGCCUCAGAAAUCUCCACGUGAACUUCGUAAUGAGUUACGGGACAGUAUCGAAUCCAGCCCAUCCAACACUCCUGCUAGCCUCCGGCGGUUCUGGGACAGAGUAAAGGCAAAGUGUGAUCAGGGACAGCCAGUCAGUCUCACAGAUUUAUUCGGUCAUCUUGUCGGUGAAACUCUCCUACAAGGGAGGCUGGAGGCGAAGCUAACAGACCAGCAAGAAAAGCUAAAAGAAGGGAACAUUCCGUUGCCAAUGUACGCAGGCGUGCACGUGAAGAAGGAAGUCUCAGCCAAAGUUUUUCACGAAUGGAUAGAGUUUACUCCAUAUGAAAUUGGAAUAAUGAAAUACGGAACAUAUAUGCCAGCUGAGAUGUUUGGAAGCAAGUUUUUCCUAGGUCAUGUUGUCAAAAAAUAUGAGGAGUCGCCGCUGCAUUUCUUGCAAGGUAUUUGGGGAAGUGCGUACUGUGUAAGGCUGAAAAGAUAUUUUGGUUUUGGUAAAAAGGACGACGAAAAAGAGAAUUCACAGGAGGAAAGAGACGAAUUAGAUAAUGAGUUAAACGAAGAAUUGCCAGUACAGGAUAGUGGCUCUUCUGAUACCAGUGAAAGUGAAGACGAUGAAAGUACUGCAGAUGCUAAUGAUGAACACGAGAAAAGGAAAAAGCAAACUGACGAAAACAGGCUUGUUUCAAUAUUUAGACCACUUGUUGGAUCUGUGUUAGAUUGCAUACCGUUCUGGAGAAGUAUUGACGGAAGGGCGGCAGUUGUUUUUAAUUUCUUGCGUGGUUUAUCAUUUCAAAGAUACAACAAACAUGAAGCCAAAGCUCAAAUCCAUUUCGAUGAAAUAUUUGAGAUGUAUCCUACGUCAAAGAAGAAGUUGUAUGUUGUGGAUGCUGGCCUGGCCUUCAGUUCUCCCUACCCGCUACUGCUACGACCUCAGCGAGCAGUGGAUCUCGUUCUAUCAUUCGACUAUAGUUCACGCGAUCACGACAAAACAUCUCUUUUUUCGGAGCUGUUGUUAGCCGAGGAGUGGGCAAGGCUUAAUAAAGUCCCAUUCCCUGUUAUCGACCCUACCAUUGCUGAUCGUGAGAGGCUCAAAGAAUGCUAUGUGUUCGAAAAUCCCAACGAUCCGAAAUGCCCGAUCGUCAUGCAUUUUGUUAUCCUAAAUAUUACUUUUCGAGAGUUUAAAGCACCAGGCGUGCCAAGGAGCACUGAGGAAGAAAAGGAUUACGCUAACUUUGAUAUCUUCGAUGAUCCAAAUGACACAUAUUCUACAUUCAACUUCCAGUACACAAACCAAGCGUUUGACCGCCUGGCUGACCUCAUGGAAUUCAACACAUUACUAUGUAAAGAAUUGAUCGUCGAAAAUAUAAAAAAGUGUGUUAAGAAACGAGCAAUUUAGUGCAGAGGCAAAGACGUGAAAAUGGCACAUAUCAUUGAGAAAUCAUACACUGGGCAAAGCAUCUACCCCACCAUUUUUGUUUUGUUUCCUUAAAAGUUUCAAAUGGAGUAUUUUUUUUUUCCAAAUUAAGUGCACGCGCAGAAAAACAUAUUAUCAUAUAAACAAAAUCAAACUAUACCAUCAAACAAAUUUACUCAUUUUUCUUCUUCAAAUGUCUAGAAUUCACCAAAAGGCGAAAAUCGUUAUGAAGCAAGAAAAUUUCAACAAAAAUAAAAUAGCAUCCUUGCUGUGUUCUAUCGGAAAGGAGCAUUUAAUAUUCAUGUAAUGUUUAACAAUUGUCUGCUAAAAAUUAAAAAUUGUCACCAUAUUAUUCCUAUUGGUCUCAAGGCAAAAUUGCUUAAAAUACAUUGAAACGCUUAAUUAACAGACUUUCCUGCAAAUAUAAGACGACGUUAUAUUGAGGGAACUUACACUUAAUUCCGUUAGAAGUAUACUCUGGACGUCAGUAACACACAGUAUUGGACAGAUAGGAAAUACGCAUUAGCAUUAUUAUAUUAUAUAUAUUAUAUACAUAUAAGUGCUACUGAAAUAAUUGGAAAUUUGUCGCUCAAAAGGGCAUGUUGUCUAUAUGAAAUUAUAUAUCUUCAGAUAUUUGAAGAGGUUCUGAAUAGUCAUAACAGAACGGUUAAGAAUAAAGGGAUAACGUGUUAUAAAAUACUAUUUUAGCUGUAAGGAAUAGAUGGAACAGCUUUUAUCAUACUACAUCGACAGAUCGCAAAAAAAUAAAUAAAUAACGGCAAAUCAUCGUAGGAAGCAUAAAAGUUAUACGAAUGCAGUUCGAAGAAUAUUAUACACACGUACUGGUUCUAUUUUUAUACUAAGUUUUUGUUUGAGUUUUAAGUUUAUAAACGUUAAUUUUCAUUUUCUAUAGACUUGCUGCUUUAAUUUCAUAGAUGUGUUUUUAUCUUGUGGUGGUGUCCGUCCGGGUAGUGUUCCUUAUGUUUGUCUGUCUGUUUGUCACUUCUGUCUUUUUGUUAUUGCAUUCAAUGAAGUUUAUGUAUAUAGUCGGUGUGCAGAUAUACACGCUCACGUGUAACUGUUUCCACGUACUCAGUCGGUGUGCACAUAAGCACGCUAACGUGUAACCGUUUCCAUGUGCUCAGGCGGUGUGCACAUACACACGCCCAAGUGUACCCGUUUCCAUGUGCUCAGUCGGUUUGCACGUAACACGCUCACGUGUACCCAUUUCCAUGUGCUCAGUCGGUGUACAUGGAAACGUGUACCUGUAUUCACGUGCUCAGUCGGUGUGCACAUACACACGCUCGCGUGAACCCGUUUCCACGAACUCGUACACGCUGAUGUGUACCCGUUUCCAUGUGCACAGUCGGUAUGCACGUACACACUUUUACGUGUACCCGUUUGUGCAUACAUAUAUAGACUCAAGUGCACCCGUUUUCAUGGGCUCAGUCGGUGUGCACGUAUAUACGCUCACGUGUACCCGUUUCCAUGUGCCCAGUCGGUUUGAACAAUGUGGAGUGCUGUGAGGGUGACUGCAUACUUUGAUUGUAGCUUUCCCUGUUGGACGUUUGUCCUGGUGUUUGUUGUGUUUUAUUUUCAUUUGAUAGACGUGUUACUCAUAGGAAGAGAUACUUUACAUUAUAUACAUAUACUUGAUCUAAAUUAUUAUGUUGUUUGUUUCGUGUGGUUCUGGGACGUUAAUUUUUGUAUAAAAAUAAUUGGCACCACUGACUUAUCCCUGCUUGUCAGACAUAACUGUCAUUUUGAUUUACUUGUUUUUAAGUAUUCUAUAUCUACUAAUAAAGGUUUGUAAACGUG